UAGUCAUGAAAUCAAAAAGAGUGUAUGGGGGAGUGACUGAUUCGCAAACUUUUUGGAAAUGGAACUGUCACAAUCAGUAAUCGAUGGUUUGUCGGUUGUCGGUGAUUCUGCACAUGUCCCUAACAAAUGCUACCAGAAAUUACUCGAUGCCGCGUUCAAUGGCGUGGUGGACUCGGAACAAAGAAAUCGAAUAUCAGGAGAUGAGACCUUCAGUGGUGUUGACAAGGUAGUAUUGAAGGAGGCGUACGCUGGAUUGGUGUCUUGCAUUAUUGAAGCCACCAAGCAUGACACUGAGGCUGCUUCACUUGAGGCCUUGCUAGAAGACUGUAAAUUUACUGCUGACAGAAUCAAAGCGUUUAUAACAAGUUACCAGGAACGAAAACAAAUUAUGCAGAUUUUACUUGGAAAUGUGGGAGUUACUCCCCCUCACAUUGUUGAUGUGGAUUGGCGAUUAGAUUACUACAUAAAGAACAACCACCUAGAAAAAGUGAACGAGGCUGUCUACCUGAUAUCGUUAAAGACAGAGGUACCAGGAAAGCCAGGUAUCCAGGAUGUACAGUUUUCAUGUACGCAAGAACAAUUACAGGAUUUUGUGGGGAAAUUAAAAGAUGCUACAAAAUGUCUAGAGAAAAUCAGUACAUCACAAUAAUGGAGAAGUAUAAAACACCAAGGAAGGAUAACCCAGUAUGGGACCAAGUUAUGUGUAAAAAUGGAUGUAAAAACUGUGUGAAAUGUAUGAUAGGGUGUCUAGAAAUGAUGUAGAGAAUGCAUGUACAGAUAACAUUUAAAUAUCCAUUAUAUGUAUUAAUAUUCAAGUGUGUUGCAAAUAUGGUGAAAUGGUUUGCCUUUACCCUAAGUGGUAGGCCAAGAGAAAAAUGUUUUGAUAACAACUUUUUCUGAAGGAAGUGAUAUAUCUUCGUUCAAGUCAUGCAAGUACAAUGGGAUUUAUUUCACAAAUAUUAUAUACACCACAAUUAAAUUGACAAAAGAAAUCUGCAAAAGAUUUGUAAAAACUUAAAUUUCUGGAACAGCAUUCUUGUGAGAAAGAAAGAUUAUAUACAUAUGUAUAUUUUAUAAUGCUUUUUUCAAGCUACACUCAACAUCACAUUUGCAUCAGAAAAAAAUAUUGCUGAAGUGUUAUUUGGCAGAAUAAGUGAGAUGAGUGAUACUAAGCAGAAUUAGUGAGUUAUGUGAUAUUAAGCGGAAUGAAUGAGUUAUGUGAUAUUAAGCGGAAUGAAUGAGUUAUGUGAUAUUAAGCGGAAUGAAUGCGUUAUGUGAUAUUAAGCAGUAUGAGUGAGAUGGAUGAUAUUUAAUAGAAUGAUUUAGUUGAGUGAUUUUAGAAGAAUUUUCCUCUCAUUAUCCACUUUGGUUAUCUAGCAAAACAUUCAGGUAUUAACUUCCAAUUAUAACAUGUUUAGGUAUCUGUAAAUGUUGAUUGCUUUAAAUUCAAUAUAAAAUGAUUAUUUUGCAUUCAACGUUCUCCUUAUAGAGAUUAAAUGUCCAAAGUUCAA